CCGGGGUUUGGGGAGGAAGGAGAGCGCGUCGCGGGCAAGAGGAGGCGGAUGCUCGUAGAGGUACGGCUCCGCCGGACGGGCACGGCUCUGGGCUGAGCCGCAGCUGGACGCGGAGUGCCGGUGUAUCCGAGCACCGAGGGCCGUCCGGGAGCCGGCAGCCGCGGAGCGAGCGGAGAGCGCCGGGAGCACGGGCGCAAAGGAUCAGCUACAACGUGUUUCUGCAGGAAGACUUCACAAUGAAAAAAACUACCCACAGUUGCUUCUUACUGAUUAUCCUUCUUAUUAGAGUGGUUCCAAGUCUUACUGCUACUGUAAAUUAUACUGAUCCUACAUUAGAGCCUGUAGUAACUGAAAAUUCAGUCAUACGACAGAAGAUAAUAGAUUCACAGUUCAAAUGCUAUGAGAGGAUGAACAGAGCUCCUCCAUAUAGGAAAAAAGGUCUGUUCUGCAACCGAACAUGGGAUGGCUGGUUGUGCUGGGAUGACACUCCUGCUGGCAGAAUCACUGCUCAGAACUGCCCAGAUUAUUUUCCAGACUUUGACCCAACUGAAAGAGCUUCAAAAUACUGUGAUGAAACUGGAAACUGGUUCCGCCAUCCUGAGAGCAAUCGAACUUGGUCCAACUACACUCUGUGCAACUCAUUCACAUCUGAAAAAUUGAAGAUGGCGUUCAUACUUUAUUAUAUGGCGAUCGUUGGCCAUGCUUUGUCUAUAACAUCCCUGUUGAUUUCCUUGGCAAUUUUCUUCUAUUUCAAGAGUCUCAGUUGUCAAAGGAUAACACUGCAUAAGAAUUUGUUUUUUUCUUACGUGCUGAACUCCAUGUUUACCAUUGCCCACCUCAUCAUCGUUGUUCCUAACCCAGGCCUUGUGAAAAGGGAUCCUGUAAGCUGCAAAGUGCUGCAGUUCUUUCACCAGUACAUGCUGGGCUGCAACUACUUCUGGAUGCUGUGUGAAGGCAUUUACCUGCACACGCUGAUUGUGGUGGCUGUCUUUGCAGAGGAGCAGCGCUUGCACUGGUACUACCUCUUGGGCUGGGGGUUUCCCGUAGUGCCAGCUUCAAUUCAUGCAGUUGCAAGAGCCAAAUACUUCAAUGACAACUGCUGGAUGAGUGUUGACACUCACUUGCUUUAUAUUGUUCAUGGACCUGUAAUGGCAGCUUUAUUGGUCAAUUUUUUCUUUUUGCUUAACAUUGUCCGAGUUUUGGUGACAAAGCUAAGAGAUACCCACCGUGCUGAGUCCAACAUGUAUAUGAAAGCUGUCAGAGCCACGUUAAUCCUGGUUCCCUUACUAGGAAUUCAGUUUGUUAUUAUACCCUGGAGACCAGAAAACCGACUUGCUGGAGAAAUAUAUGAUUACAUCAUGCAUAUAUUAAUGCAUUACCAGGGCUUGCUUGUGGCGACUAUAUUCUGCUUCUUCAAUGGUGAGGUACAAGGGGCUUUGAAGAGGCAGUGGACACAGUACAAAACCCAGUGGGGCCAAAGGCGUCGAGAGCACUGCUCCACCAGAUCAACCUCCUAUACAGCAACGUCCAUCACAGAGGUCCCUGUCUACCUGUACCAUCAUGACUCCAACAAUGAGCAGCUCAAUGGAAGAUAUGUAGACGACUCUGAACUUGUUGCAUUGAAGUCUGGGGAGACAUCAGCCUAGCUGGGCAGCAGCCAC